AUGUCGCAUACCAAGAACAUUCAUUUUCUCCCACCUGAGCUUUAUCCCCACAUAGCGGAAUCCCUCAUCGAUGAUCGUCGCUCACUCCGAGCUUUCGCGCUCACUUGUCGUGCGUGGCGUGCAGUUGGCCAGGGGUUUCUCUUUCGCAGGAUCUCGGUGACUGGGGAGCGUAGGUUCUAUGAACUUAUGUGGCUUUUGGACGCCCAUCCUGAAGCUGGUGUAUGGAUUCAUGAGCUAUGCGUCAGCACCCUGUUUGAGCGACCGCAGAAUGAUUGGAUAUACACAAUCCCCGUUCUUCUACCCACUCGUCUGACAGCCUUGCAUACUCUCACGUUCAGCAAUGUGACAGAUCUCAUGGCGUACGACGAAGAAAAGUUCUUCCCAAACCUAUCUCCUGCGUUUCCUUCCAUCAGAACGCUGAACGUGAUGGACUGUACUCUCCCACUCGCGGCAUUCAUCGACUAUCUCUCCUUGCUCGGAAAUCUGGACAGUCUCCUGAUUGAAGGGUUUCGGUUACCCAAUACCGUGACCGUGAGACGUGAUUUCACGAGCCAAGAGCAUCCAUGGGAGGGGCUAGUGGUACCUAGCAGCUCUUGUGUGGCCCGGCUUCGUUCAUUUGCGUUGUGUCGCAGUUCAACACAUGCUUGCCCCACGAACAACUUUGUCCGCUGGCUUGGCCAUGCAUCUGGGUUGCGGUCAUUGAGCCUAGACAUCAACAGGCACCAAGAUCUCCAGAACGUUGGGCGACUAAUCAACGCUAUCGGGCCUUCUCUAGAGAACUUAGGCUUGGGCAUCUACACGCAGGACUACAGUUUCACGGAGUACAUCAACCUCUCUUCAUGCACAUCUUUACGCACCUUUGCACUCCGUCCGUCCCAUUUUUCCCCUAUUCCUUUGCUGUCACAACUUGUUUCGCCCCACCUUCGCAAGAUCACAUUAAUAGACAUUUUGGAGCGGCAUAUUCAUCCCCCUCUAUGUGCCCUUUUCAGGAAAUCUGUCUUCGCUGCUGUUGAGAUCUUCAUCGUGUCGACACGUUGCAAGGAGUUUUCAGAGCCUAUGAUGUGCAUGAUGGCAGAACUCUCUGCACAUCUCAUUUACUCGCAGAAUCGACUUUUGCUUGAACAUUGA